AUGUGUACAAACACACCACCACCUGCUACACGAGACACAACCACCUGCUACACGAGACACCACCACCUGCUACACGAGACACCAACACCUGAUACGCGAGACACAACCACCUGCUACACAAGACACCACCACCUGCUACACAAGACACCACCACCUGCUAUACAAGACAUCAACACCUGCUACACGAGACACCACCACCUGCUACACAAGACACCACCACCUGCCACGCGAGACACCACCGCCUGCUACACGAGACACCACCUGCUACGAGAGACAUCACCACCUGCUACACAAGACACUACCACCUGCUACACGAGACACCACCACCUGAUACACGAGACACCACCACCUGCUACGCGAGACACCACCACCUGCUACGCGAGACACCAACACCUGCUACACAAGACACCACCACCUGCUACACGAGACACCACCUGCUACGAGACACACCACCACCUGCUACACGAGACACCACCACCUGCUAUACAAGACAUCAACACCUGCUACACGAGACACCACCACCUGCUACACAAGACACCAACACCUGGCACGCGAGACACCAACACCUGCUACACGAGACACCACUUGCUACACGAGACACCACCACCUGCUACACAUGACACCACCACCUGCUACACGAGACACCACAACCUGCUACACGAGACACCACCACCUGCUACGCGAGACACCAACACCUGUUACACAAGACACCACCACCUGCUACACAAGACACCAACACCUGCUACGCGAGACACCACCACCUGCUUCACAAGACACCACCACCUGCUACACGAGACACCACCAACUGCUACACGAGACACCAUCACCUGCUACACGAGACACCACCACUUGCUACGCGAGACACCACCACCUGCUACACAAGACACCAACACCUGCUACACGAGACACAACCACCUGCUACACGAGACACCACCACCUGUUACACAAGACACCAACACCUGCUACGCGAGACAUCGACAGCUGCUACACAAGACACCACCACCUGAUACACAAGACACCAACACCUGCUACGCGAGACAUCGACAGCUGCUACACAAGACACCACCACCUGCUACACAAGACACCACCACCUGCUACACGAGACACCACCACCUGAUACGCGAGACGCCACCACCUGCUACGAGAGACACCACCACCUGCUACGCGAGACACCACCACCUGCUACACGAAACAUAA